CUGGCGUAUAGCGUACGAGGGCAGCCAGCCUUCAGUUGCACUUUCGAGCUUCACGCGCGCGAUUCAGCUUUUCGGCGGUUCUUAGCUGCGGAAUCAGGGUUUACCGAAAUCGACCAGUUACGGCCGCGUUGUUCUACGUGUUGUGGGUGCUUGUUCUCAUCGCGUGGUGAUCGGUUUAUUUGAAUUUGGAACUGUUUUGUCUGGUGGCGCGUGAGCGAUUUGCCGAGUAAAUACCUAGUAGAGUGUUGCGCACCGUGAUUUAUUCGGUCUAGCUGCCCUGAAUUCACAAUUCGGUUGCGCUUGUCAGACAAUUCUAGAAAAAGUAGCCGCGCCGACCUGAGUGUUUUGAAUGAAUUGAAUGUGAAAAUUGCAAUCGUAAUUGGAUGCACUUUAAGUUGCCCGCCCUUGGGGUGAAGUUAAGUGGAAGUGCUGUGUGGGGUACCUGAUCGUCGAUUUGUCUGAUCGAGCUUGCCGGUCUCCGGUAAAAAAAACAUUGGCUGAAGAAUUGUGGAAGAGUGCAGUGUAGUGAUCUCGAAGCAGGGCACUUGAGAAGGUCGUUCGGUCUUUUCGUGGUCCAAUAUUCAGUUAAAAAAACAGUGAUAAUUGCCAGCAAACGAUUGUAAGCCGGUCAAAAGUCAAUCGUCAGAAGAAAAAAAAAUCUACCAAAUACAGAGCUUUUAUAAGCGCCAUCAUCAUUAGCAUCAGCUGAUCGAAACUGAAGUGAGAAAUGCGGAAGCUGUGGAUUUUGGUUGCCAGUGCCCUGUUGGCAUUUGCCAAUUUCGUCAAAUCCCAAGAGACGGCGCGCAAUUUGUACAGCUCAAGAUAUGACAACCUGGACAUCGACACCAUUCUAGGCAGCACCCGUCUGGUCAACAACUACGUCGAUUGUCUCCUGAGUCGAAAACCGUGCCCACCGGAAGGCAAAGAUCUGAAACGGAUCCUACCGGAAGCGUUGCGCACCAAGUGUGGUCGCUGCUCGACGACCCAGAAAGAGAACGCGCUGAAGAUCAUCAGCACCCUGUACCUCAACUACCCGGACCAGUACCAGUCGCUGCGGGAACGCUGGGAUCCGACCGGUGAAUACAAUCGCCGCUUCGAGGAGUACCUCCGGGAGCUGCAGUUCAAUCAAAUCGGUAGCAAUGGCAAUGGCGAUCGUCCGGUAAGAAACGACUUUGACCGGGAUCAGUCCCAGAUCCUACUGCAAACGCUGAUCUUGUCCUCGACGAGUCCCGCCACACUCCUGGCACCGAACAACAAUGUGUCCCCCACACCCAACACGAUCCCGAGUGGUCGUCCCGAUCAGCAGCAACGUCCCCAAGAAUUGGCCUCCUCGUCAGCACAGUUAACACUACCGGUAGCACCCGUUACACUUACCUCUACCACUACUACUUCAAGAACCAAUACCAGUAGUACUACUUCUAGUACCACAACUACUACUACCUCUACUACAACUAGCAUAGCUCCUCCUACCACUUCUACUACCAUUCUUACCACUUCUACUACUACUACUGCUCAGGGAUCUUCGAGUAGCUCUACUGUCCCAAGUAGCACUACGGUAUCCGAAAUUGGUGGUUCUGGUUCUGGUGGCCCCCCCUCGGAUAAUAACCCUGGUAGUAGAAGUCCUGGAGGAGAAUCACAACAAACGGAAGCGAACUUCAACCCAAUCGCCGCCGCCGGUUCUGAACCGAACGUCCCUAACAAUACUUCACCGCCGCCGGCCACAAACCCUACAUCGACGUCCUUGUCGGUGGCCAUAGACUCGGUUUCUACCGAGUCGACCAUCAACCUGGGCAAUCGAUUCGGCUUCGAUAACGAAGAUGGUGGUGUCCCAAUGGCAAUAGCACCGGGAGCUUCGGGACAACGGCCCGGAACCACUACGAGUACGGCGCGGCCCACGACAACUGCGGCUGCGGUCACGGCCAGAAUGACGACGACGACGACCACAACCCGACGUCCAGCGCCGGCGAUGACCAGGCCUCCACAGACUACUUCGAGCAGGCAAACCACAACCACUGCUCCGAGGACGACGACGACACGUUUUAUUCCACAGCCUCAGCUGGCUCCACAAGUACCAUCGGUUCCGGUGGCACUUCCCCCAGGAACGGGUCAGCAAUUCCCCCAAUUCAGACCGGAACCGGCCAUUCCGGUUCUGGAUGUAGUGAUUGUUGAACAGCAGCAACCGCAAUUCCUAGCACCGGCACCGGCACCGGCACGUCAACCGAUUCUUCAACAGCCAGCACAACAACAGCCGCAAUUCGAAACAAACACCCCGAAUAAUCUGAUCGAUAACUUUUUCAUUCCUCCCGGGCAGGGCGUCGGACCGAUUGGCGGCGGAAACGGAAACCGGAGCCCGAUCGUCGGGCUGUUCAAUCAGCUGGGGAAUAAGCUGGCCACCACGGCCGACGUUAUCGCCGGAAUGUUCCGCAAGACGGUGGACGUGAUUGUGACCUCGCAUCUGCAGGCCCACCAGAGGGCCAUGAGGAGCUUCAACUGAUCCGGCAAAUCAAAUUUUGGAUAACACCCUCGAUCCCGAUUUCACCAUCCAUCCAUGAGGAAGAAUAAAAAAAACCUGCCGUUUUAGGCAUUCCUAGGAAGCAGCGCUUGCCGAAUAUUUUAAAGUAUUUUAAACUGAAAGAGUGAAAAAAAAACCGAAGGGAAAAGAUUACCAUUUGAAGUAUUAGGGAAGUGAUCCGAUAACGGUCGCAUUUUAUUGAAACUCCUCGACGAAAGAUUGGCAGUUAGGCAAUGUUGAAAAAAUACAAAAGGUCGCUCAAAAACUGAGAACGGUGAUAUUAAGACAUGCAAACUUUAUGGUAAGAUUUUUUUGUAUUGAGAAGAAAGUACUUAGGUCGUUAUUUUAAUUUUAUGGAUGAAGAAAGAAGAAGAUAACAAAAAAGAUCAAAAUUAAGCUUACGGUUGAGAAACUCAACCUUACAGGGUGAUUUGAAAAUGCAGCAGCUUAUAUACGUAGUUAAAUACAAAAUAAUAUAAUGAA